GAAAAAAAAAAUAAAGUCCUACAAUUGGCUCCUCGCUGAGGGGGCGUGGCUAGGCCCUGGGGGCGUGGCUGGACUCUAGGGCGGUAAGAGCCAGUUUAAAGCCUGGCUGAGGCUCGGUGGCUCUCGCUGUGGCGGCUGUUACCUGUGGAGUCAUGGAGGAGUGCGCUUGCCUCUGCGGCCUGGGCUCUUCGCCGGGAUGUCCGUGUGGUCAGAAGCGCCAGCGCACAUCUGAGACUGCAGUCGCUGAUGGCAACCAGGCCCAGGAAGAAAAGCACGUGGAGGGGGACGCGGCCGCGCGGUGCUGUCCAGGAAGUGGAGGCAUCCCUAGCCCCAGGCCGCCCCCGCCGCCCCCGCACUGCUCCCUGCAGGACCUGCCGGUGGAGAUGCUGGUGGAGAUCUUCGCCUGCGUUCCCGGCACCGACCUGCCCAGCCUGGCCCUGGCCUGCACCAAAUUCCACCGCAUCCUGCACAUCGACCGCAUCUGGAGACGGCGCUGCCGCGAGGAGUUUGGCGUUCGUGAAAACUUGCCGAACCUGGAGAUGAUCGGUAUGUCUUAUCGAGAAGUCUAUGCGAAGCUGUUCCCAUACAGACACAUUUUGGGACUGUGGCAGCUAGAUACUGAGCACUAUAGAACACUAGUGAAUGUCGCGGUGGACGGGUUAUGCAUUACUGGUUGGAAAUACAGGCCUUCCCUUCACACCCAUGUGGGUGGCCCCAUACACUUCAGGCCCUCGUUCAGAAUUCGCCUGACGAAGAGGAAAUCAGCCAAGGUGGAGUGCCUGGAAGGCCUCGACAACAGGCCCCACAACCGCCACAUACAGAUUCGGAAGGACAGGUUCACCACCCAGUGCAAGAACACAGACCACGGAACGCAUUUACCCAGGCGGCUUAGGGAAGAGGGGGGGCGGGUGGUGGAGGAGAGACAGCUGUAUAACUGGCUGACCUACCGCCGCCUCUACCUCCCGCUGAGCCACCCUGACGACCUCAUCAGGCCAGGCCUCUUCCAGUACUACUACGAUGCCUUCCACCUAAAGAUCGCCAUGCUCAGCUUCCAUGGGAAGUAUGCCAGGGUCACCAAGAUCACGGGAGUCUCCAAGAAGACGUUAGAGAUCCACCUCACGCGCCGCAUCCAGCUGCGAGAUGGCGAGAUCUUCCACAACUUCGAUGAGCUCUCCCGCGUGGUCCAGGAGAUGGACGAGCAGGUGAUCGGGGAGCAGCAGCAGCAGCAAGAAGACGGGACUGAGGAAAGCGAGGGCCAUGGCUGGCAGAGCCCUGCCCAGCCCAGCGAGGGGGAGUCCGGGGCUGCAGCUGCGGAGGAGCAGCCUGUCCCGUUUGUGCUGCCUGUGGGCGUGCGCUCAAUAGACCAGAACUACCCCGCCACCUGCAGGAGGUGUUUCUAUGUCGUGGACACUGUUACCUUACCUGGCUUCGCCUACCCCAGGCGUUUCCCUGGAGUCUUCAUCCUGUUCGAUGAGAACCACUUUGGGUUCAUCUGGCUGGAGCUGAAAUACUUCUUCCUGUACAGCAGAGUCCAGAACACCUUCCAGAAUGUGGAGGCACCGUCCCCGCAGGCUUUCCUGGAGAUGCUCAAGAACAUUCAGUGCAUGCCCUAACCGGUUUGGCUCAGUGGGUAGAGCGUCGACCUCCGGCCUGAAGGGUCCCAGGUUCGAUUCCAGUCAGGGGCAUGUACCUUGGUUGCCCGCACAUCCCCAGUAGGGGGUGUGCAGGAGGCAGCUGAUCGAUGUUUCUCUCUCAUUGAUGUUUCUAACUCUCUAUCCCUCUCCCUUCCUCUCUGUAAAAAAUCAAUAAAAAUAUAUUUUUGAAAAAACAAACAAAACCCAGGACCCUUCACUCUACAGGCUGACACCCUAUCCACUGAACAAAACCGGCUAGGGCGUUAUUCUCAAUGUAUUUAAAGAAGAAACAACUCCUGGUCACUGAUCUUUAAAACCAGGUUUAAAGUUUAAUUUGGGUCUCCCAACACAGUUAAACAUUUGUAAAGUA